AUGGAUAUUAGACAGUUCAACGAGAACGGCCAGGACAUUUACGUAAGGAUGGCCGAGUCAGAAGUUGGUGGCAGUUUGAGCAAAAAUGAUGGCGCAAGGAAAAGCACGGGCAUCAUUGUCAGCACCGUGCUGUCUGCGGUGCUUUUUCUCAGCAUCGCAGCUGUUUUUACAAAGUAUAGGAGAGAUGGACAAAUCUUUGGAUUCUCCCAUCGAAGCCAUAGUGAAGAUCUAGACUUACCUCUGUUCGACCUCACAACCAUAGUGAGUGCAACGAAUAACUUCUCCGACGACAACAAACUCGGAGAGGGAGGCUUUGGAGCUGUCUAUAAGGUUACUAUUCUCAUUUUUCGGAAUUCUAAAUCUGCUCAUACAUAUACAAAUGCAUAA